AUGGACGAUCGGUCUGUCAACAAAAAUAUGUGUUCACAGAAGAGGAAAGAUUCAAAGGAGGACGAUUCCCUCCGGAAACGGGUUAAUUUACACUUCCAAUAUUUGUAUGAUAGUGCUAUGAAAGAGGGGUUCAGUCCUUCCGAUUUGGCCAAAAUUGAUGCUGUUGUGGAACUGAGGGAAGACAUUGACUGUUUUGAAAUCCCAAACUGUGUUUGGAAAUCUUUUAUAGCUUUAUUUGUUUCAUUCAUAGCUAUUGUGAUUGUAUAUUUAUCAGAAUGGCCAAUUAAAAAUAAUACCAUUUUCAAACUAUGGCUGGAAGCCAAAGGGGAGGAUCCCAAAACUGAACGGUGUGCUGUAGAGAAGUUUGAAUUUUUUCAGGAUAUGGUUCGACCUCCACCACCAUGUUGUAGAUUUUGUCAAAAUGUGAAAUCCAUUGAAAAAGUAGAAAAUAUUACUCCAGAAAAGUUUGAAAAACUAUAUGCUUACACUGGUAGACCAGUGGUGAUAAAAGAUGGAACUAAAAAUUGGACUGCCUCAGAAUACUUUUCAUUCCAGUUCAUGAAAUCCAUUUACACCAAAAAUAGUGCUGCAUUAAAAAAUGUAGAGAAGUAUUGCCAAUUUUUCACGUACAAAUCCAAUUUUAAAACGUUUGAGGAGGUAUUUGAAAUGAGUGAUGAAAGAGCAUUCAUGAAGGAUAAGUCAUCACCUUGGUAUAUAGGAUGGAGUAACUGUGACCUAUCAGCUGCGAAUGUUCUCAGACAACACUAUAGCCGUCCAUACUUUUUGCCAAAGCAAGCAGAAUCCAGCAAAACAGACUGGAUAUUCAUGGGAAGUCCCGGAUAUGGUGCCUCAAUGCACAUUGAUUAUGUGAACAACCCAUCUUGGCAAGCCCAGAUCACUGGAACUAAACGUUGGUCAUUGGAACCUCCGCCAGAAUGUUACUUUAUCUGCAAAAAAUCUUUUUUUGAAGUCACUGUGCAGCCAGGGGAAAUAAUUGUUUUAGACACAAAUCUGUGGUUCCAUGCUACACUGAAUGUUGGAGACAACAUAAGCAUUGCCAUUGGAUCAGAGUUUGAUUGACAUUCUAAACAAAUGCCUCAUAAUAUAAUAAAUUAUAUUCUGUAUGUGGAAUAAUUGUAUUUACCAUAAGUCAUAUACUGUAAUACUGGUAUAAUAAGCAUAUUGAUACAUUUUUUAUGCUCCAUAAAAUGGUCAGGGCAUACAGAGUUAUCCUUUCUGAUAGUCUUUCCAUCAUUUUUGAAUAACUUUUAGCCAGGCUUGGGCUGAUUUUUGGUAUCCAUGUAUCUCCAUAUAUUAUACUUUCAUGUAAAUUAGUUGAAUCUGAUUCGUCGAGAAACAUUUGUUAAAAAACACUAUUACCCGCUGAAUGAUGAAGCCACGCCCUCCAGCGUAGCAACAGUCAACAUUGCUUGAUGACGGGUGAUAUUGAAAAAAAUAAUGACUGCUCAGAUUUUAUGCACGCAAGUUUCACCGUUAUAUGUUUUUGUAUAAAACGUUCAGUAUAAUAUAAUAAAUAUUGCAUGUAGUUGAGUGUAGUGGUGUUCCAAUCAUCGAUUAUAAUUGAAAAUUAGUCGAUUGCUGGCAUAAUCCAAGCACUCGAUUACAAAUUUUUUAUUCCAGUUAAUUGGGUUAUUUUUUUUAUUUUACAAGCAUAAUAGUUUUUGAGCCAAACAUUACAGCCGCGACUUAUCUAUUAACUUAUUUGUGUAUCUUAAUGGCACAGACAAACAGACAAUGGUAUUCAAACCCGGGUAACAAUGCUCAUUCCCCGAUAUGGACGUACUUUGGAUUCUACAAAAUGAACGAAGAACCAGUGGACUACCACAAAAAGUUGUUAUUCAACCAUUCUUACCAUUUAAUAAACUAAAUUGACAGACUUUGUAAAUGUACGGUUAUAAUUGAUAAUUAGUUAGUUACAGUAGCCCAAUCAUCAAUUAUGAAAUUCUUACCGAUUCCCAUCACUAGUUGAGUGUAACAAUGAAAAUUUUCAUCCCUCGAAAACC